GUCUGGUAACGCCAGUACUUUGCCAUCAAUUCACGGGCCGUGUUUGUUUUAAGUUAAAUAUUAAAAGGAAUAAAUAGCAAUAUUAAAUAAUUUAUAUCUUUAAUACGAAUGUGCACAACUAUCGAGUGAUCUCUUAACGACAGUGAGCAUUAGGUAAUGGACAUGUCGCAAGCCAUAAUCUAAAAUUCUGUGCAAAAUUCGGGUGUGCGGCGCUAUGAUUCGAGUUACAUGUGACGAAAUGAAUCUUUAACAGCAGCAGUGGAAGCAACAACAACAGCAACAACAACAGCAACAACAACAACAACAACGCAAUCAAUAACAACGAAGUAACAAACUGAACAGGAACAAGAACAAGAACAUUCACAACUCAGAACUCACAACUCGAGACGAAAGUUCAUUGAAGUAUCUGAGGAAGGAGCAGAAACAGGAACAGGAGGAGAAGGAGGCGCAACAACUGUUGUUCUCUGCCCCAUCAGCCGGGUGCAGAUCAUCAAUAUUCCAGAAAGCAAUUGAGUCAGCCAGCUAGCCAGUCGAGUUAGUCAGCAAGUCAGUCAGUCAGGCACAGGCAUUAAUUCAUCAAUUAUUCAAAAUGACCGAAGACGAAAUUCUCUUUGACGAUGUUUACGAGCUCUGCGAGGUCAUUGGCAAGGGUCCAUUCUCCAUUGUGAGGCGUUGCAUACACAGAGAGUCGAACCAGCAGUUUGCUGUGAAAAUCGUUGAUGUGGCCAAAUUUACGGCCAGUCCAGGACUGAGCACAGCGGAUCUGAAACGCGAAGCCACAAUAUGUCACAUGCUAAAGCAUCCGCACAUCGUCGAGCUGCUGGAAACCUACAGUUCCGAGGGCAUGCUCUACAUGGUCUUUGAAUUCAUGGAAGGCUCCGAUUUGUGCUUUGAGGUUGUGCGACGCGCCGUCGCAGGUUUUGUCUACAGCGAGGCGGUGGCUUGUCACUAUAUGCGGCAAAUACUGGAGGCACUGCGCUAUUGCCAUGAGAACGAUAUACUGCAUAGGGAUGUGAGACCCGCUUGUGCCCUGCUGGCCACCGUGGACAACUCGGCGCCAGUGAAACUGGGCGGCUUCGGUUCGGCGAUACAGUUGCCGGGCACACGCGAAACCAUAGAAACACAUGGACGCGUCGGCUGUCCGCACUAUAUGGCGCCGGAAGUGGUCACCAGGCGUCUGUAUGGCAAGGGCUGCGAUGUUUGGGGCGCUGGUGUUAUGCUGCAUGUGUUGCUCUCGGGUCGUCUGCCAUUUUUGGGCUCCGGUGUGCGGCUGCAACAGUCGAUAGCACGCGGCAGACUUUCGUUUGAGGCACCAGAAUGGAAAUCAAUUUCGGCCAAUGCCAAGGAUCUAGUCAUGAAAAUGCUGGCGGCCAAUCCACAUCACAGACUCUCAAUCACCGAGGUGCUGGAGCAUCCCUGGAUACGUGAUCGCGACAAAUUGCAGCGCACUCAUCUGGCGGAUACUGUUGAGGAAUUGAAGCGCUAUAAUGCGCGACGCAAGCUCAAGGGCGCUGUGCAAGCGAUUGCCGGUGGCACCAACAUGGAUCCACUGUAUGCCAGUGAUGCAGACAUGCCCAUUGCAGGCGCACCGGAUGAAUGGGCCGACGAGGAGGCGGGCAUUGAGGCGGUGCAACGAAUAUUGGACUGUCUGGAUGACAUCUAUUCGCUGCAGGAUGCCCAUGUGGAUGCGGAUGUGUUGCGUGAUAUGCUGCGCGAUGGACGAUUGCAGCAAUUUCUGCAGCUGUUCGAUCGCAUCGGGUCGACGGUCAUCACGACCAAUGGUCGAGCACCCACAGCGGAGGCUGUGGCGCGCAGUCGCGAUGUCCUGGAGCUAUUGUCAUCGGUGGGCGUUGGUGUGGGCAAUAAGUAUGCCAAGGAUGAGCUGAUGCAGCUCCUUGCCGCGCCGCACUUGCAGAACUCGCAUGCUAUAAACAAAAUUAACAAAAAAAAAUACAAAAAGUCAACUCAAAAUUUCCAACUAAAUUCAAGCAGAACUUAAAUAGUGAAAAUUUACAUAAUGUAAAUGUUAAUAGCAAAUAUAAAUAUAUAAUAAACACUGCAAUUAAAUAAUAUUAACAAUAAUAGCAAAAAACAUAAUAAAUACAAAUUGUGAUGAAUUAACACUAAAAGCAAGCAUUUAAUUCGAACAAAAAAACCAAAAAAGAAAAA